CGAAGACCCAAUGCAGCCAAAAAUUAAUUAAUUAAUUAAAAAAAAAGAUUUUAUGAUAGGGAAUUGCCUCUACACAUCCUGACAAUUUCUGUCAUUCAUUCAACAACUAUUUAUAGAGCACCUAUUAUAUACCAAGUACUGUACUAAGUGCUCAGGUUACAAAAUUAACAUGAAACAGAAAAGGCAUAGUACUCUCAACCUAAAGAAAUUUAAAGAACUGCAACACGAGCAUGCAGGGCACAAUUAGAAUGUAUGGUGGGAGUUCUGAUUUGGUCUUUGGAAUUGGGGUGUAUGUAUGUAUUAUACAUUGAUCAUUACGACAACGAUAGAGGGACAAAUUGGGAGAGUAAUGGAGAAGUUACUAUAUGAUAAUGGAGGAAUUAUCUAUAAAAUCUUCGCACAAUAUCCUUCUCUGAGUCAAACUUGAGACAGAGAAUGGUGUGCUUCAAGAUAUUAUUUCAAGGCAAAUGGCAUGAGGGUAAUAAAACGUCAUUAAAUUCUGCAACUCCCAAUGAUCUCUUUCUCUCUACGUUUCCCUGGAACUUGAAGAGACCACAAUGGCAAGGCAGAAAGGAGAUGUUACCGAGGCUGGUAGUUUCGCAGGAAUUAUACAGCAAAGGAAUAGUGAGUGAGUCAGGGAAGACGCAAGACACCCCUGCAUGGUGUGGGACAUUCAUUUAUAAAGAGGUGUUCCUGGUAGUAGUGGUCGAAGCAGAGAAGGGACGGUAUUAUUGAGGAGAUCUUGGUCUAGAAAACGCUAGAUAAAACAUAAGACUUCAUGAGUGAAUGAGUUUCAAAUGCAUGGCACAUUCCUGUUUUGUCAUUGUUUGAACAUUAUUCUUGCCUCUUUCCAGGCAAUUUCCAUAAGUUAUAUGGAAACAGGGAACAAAACAGCUAUUUCAAAAUUCAUCCUUCUGAGCCUUUCGGAAGAUAUGGACCUGCAGCCCCUCCUCUUUGGGCUGUUCCUGUCCAUGUACCUGGUCUGUGUUAUAGGGAACCUGCUCACCAUCCUGGCCGUCAUCUCAGACUCCCACCUCUACUCCCCCACGUACUUCUUCCUCUCCAACCUGUCCUUCACUGACAUUUUCAACACCACCACAGUCCCCAAGAUGUUAGUGAACAUCCAGACGCAGAACAAAGGCAUCACGUAUGAAGGCUGCCUUACCCAGAUGUAUUUUUUCAUGAUCUUCGGGGCUAAUUUGCUACUGACAGUGAUGGCCUAUGACCGGUUCGUGGCCAUCUGUCACCCCCUAUACUACACGGUCAUCAUGAACCCUCGCCUUUGUGGUCUCCUGCUUUUGCUUUCUUGGUUGAUCUGCUUGACACAUUCUUUGUUGCAAAGCUUGGUUUUGAGGGUGUCCUUCUGCAAAGAGACAGAAAUCCCCCGCUUUUUCUGUGAACUUGCUCAGAUUCUCAAGCUCACCUGCUCUGAUGCCCUUGUUAAUGACAUCCUGCUGUAUUUUGUAACUGGCCUGCUGGGUGUUAUUCCCCUGAUUGGGAUCCUUUUCUCUUAUCUUAUCUCCUCCAUAAUGGGCAUUUCAUCUACUGGUGGGAAGUAUAAAGUCUUUUCCACCUGUGGGUCUCACCACUCAGUCAUCUCCUUGUUCUAUGGUGCAGGCCUUGGGGUCUCCCUCACUUCUGGAACAGCCCAUCCCUCCAGAAAGGGUUCAGUAGCCUCAGUGAUGUACACAGUAGUCACCCCCAUGCUGAAUCCCUUCAUCUAUAGUCUGAGGAACUGAAGGGGGCUCUGAGGAGACUUUUCACUAGAGGAACGUACUCUCAGUGAGAUAAUGGAA